AUAAUUACAAGAGUUUUCCUUGUUUGCAAGAUACGAUGUCACCAUUAAUCACAACACUAACUGAUAAUUGUGGAAAUAUAUUUAGUAAUGUCAAUAAUAUUAUUAAGCCAGAUCCAAUUCGCCCUAUGCCGAAAGAUAGUGGUACGUCAUUAGUUAACUCCAAUAAUCGAGAGGAUAACAACAAUUAUCGAAGAAGAACAUGGUCGCGAGCUGUAUUCAGUUCCCUUCAACGAAAGGGCUUGGAAAGACGAUUUGCCAUUCAAAAGUAUAUAGCGAAGCCCGAUAGGCGACAAUUAGCUGCUAUGCUGGGACUUACAGACGCACAAGUCAAAGUCUGGUUUCAAAAUCGACGAAUCAAGUGGCGACUUACGAAAGAGAGUGAAAAAGUUAUUAAAGCACAAGAUUCAGAUGACGAGCAUAUCAAUGUGGAAUGAAAUCCUUAAUCACAUAAUAAAAGAAUAGAUAUUGAAAUUGUUUAAAAAUCGAUAAGUAGUCAUUGCCGAGGUACAGAAUGCAUGGGUCCGAGUGUUGGCCGAGUGAUUGGCAACGUCGCAUGAUACUCAUUUGUCUUUUGAAAGUUUUUGUAUUAACAGCCAUGACCUACGCAUUAAGACGUCACCGCUUCAUCAAAUUCUUUAUAUAACAGAUAGG